GCGGGGCCUGCGUCUAGGGGGCCGGGCGGCGCUCUGUGCCGAGCGGGAGGUCGGGGCUGCGAGCGCUAGCUGGUGGCGGAUCUGGACGCGGCUGCCGUGGCAGGGCUCCGCGGCAGGGGUCGAAUCCGAUCAGGAGUCAUGAGCGUGGAUAAGGCCGAGCUCUGCGGGUCUCUGCUCACCUGGAGCUGCUUGCUGGAACAAAAGGCCAACCCCCUGCCCAACCCUUUGCAGAUGUUCCAUGUCCCGCCCCCCUGUACCAGCCCCCAGGACCUGAGCAGUGGCCUCGCAGUAGCCCAUGUGCUGAACCAGAUAGACCCUUCCUGGUUCAACGAGGCAUGGCUCCAGGGCAUCUCAGACGACCCAAGUCCCAACUGGAGGCUGAAGGUCACCAAUCUGAAGACAAUCUUACAGAGCCUGGUGGAGUACUCCCAGGAUGUCCUGGGGCAUCCCAUUUUGGAGCAGCACCUUCCAGAUGUGAGCCUCAUUGGCGAGUUCUCAGACCCAGAAGAGCUUGGCAAGCUGCUUCAGCUGGUUCUGGGCUGUGCCAUCAGUUGCGAGAAAAAGCAGGAGCACAUCCAGAGAAUCAUGACACUUGAAGAAUCAGUUCAGCAUGUGGUGAUGGAAGCCAUCCAGGAGCUCAUGACCAAAGACAUCUCUGACUCUCUGUCAUCGGACACAUAUGGGAACUUUGAUAGCCAGUCACGCAGGUACUACUUCCUGAGUGAGGAGGCUGAUGAGGGCGAUGACCUGCGGCAGCGGUGUCUGGACCUGGAGCGGCAGCUGCUACUGCUGUCAGAGGAGAAGCAGAGCCUGGCUCAGGAGAACGCAGUGCUGAGGGAGCGGGUGGGCCGGCCAGAGGGUGAGGGCACCACUGGCCUCACCACCAAGAAGCUGCUGCUGCUGCAGUCCCAGCUGGAGCAGCUGCAGGAGGAGAACUUCAGGCUGGAGAACGGCAGGGAGGAUGAACGUCUGCACUGUGCUGAGCUGGAGCGAGAGGUCAUGGAGCUGCAACAGCGGAACCAGGCACUGACCAGCCUGGCCCAGGAGGCGCAGGCCCUGAAGGAUGAGAUGGAUGAGCUUCGGCAGUCCUCAGAGCGGGCUGGACAGCUGGAAGCCACGCUGAGCAGCUGCCGUCGCCGCCUCGGCGAGCUGCGGGAGCUGCGGCGGCAGGUGCGACAGCUGGAGGAGCGCAAUGCUGGCCACGCAGAGCGCACGCGGCAGCUGGAAGACGAGCUGCGCCGGGCGGGCUCCUUGCGCGCCCAGCUAGAGGCGCAGCGGCGGCAGGUUCAGGAACUGCAGGGCCAGUGGCAGGAGGAGGCCAUGAAGGCCGAGAAAUGGCUGUUCGAGUGCCGCAAUCUGGAGGAGAAGUAUGAUUUGGUGACAAAGGAGAAGGAGCGGCUGUUGGCAGAGCGAGACUCCCUGAGGGAGGCCAAUGAGGAGCUGCGCUGUGCCCAGAUGCAGCCUCGGGGGCUGAGCCAGGCUGAACCCUCACUGGAUCCUACCUCACCAGCUGUGGAAAAUUUAGCAUCUGAGAUCCUACCUGCGGAGCUCAGGGAAACGCUCCUGCGGCUUCAGCUGGAGAACAAGCGCUUGUGCCAGCAGGAGGCGGCCGACCGGGAGCGGCAGGAGGAGCUGCAGCGCCACCUGGAGGAGGCCAACCGCGCGCGCCACAGCCUGGAGACUCAGCACCGGCUGAACCAGCAGCAGCUAUCGGAGCUGCGGGCCCAGGUGGAGGACCUGCAGAAGGCCCUGCAGGAGCAGGGGGGCAAGACUGAGGACUCCAUUUCAACCCUGCUGAAGAGAAAGCUGGAGGAACAUCUGCAGAAGCUGCAUGAGGCGGAGCUGGAGCUGCAGCGGAAGCGUGAGUACAUCGAGGAGCUAGAGCCUCCGGCCGACACCAACACAGCCCGGCGCAUUGAGGAGCUGCAGCACAGCCUGCAGAAGAAGGACGCGGACUUGAGGGCUAUGGAGGAUCGGUACCGCCGCUACGUGGACAGAGCCCGUAUGGUCAUGCAGACCCUGGAACCCAAGCAGCGGCCACCUGGGGGGGCUCCCCCUGAACUCCAUUCCCUGAGGACACAGCUCCGGGAGCGGGACGUCCGAAUUCGGCACCUGGAGAUGGACUUUGAGAAGAGUCGAAGUCAGCGGGAGCAGGAAGAAAAGCUGCUCAUCAGUGCCUGGUAUAAUAUGGGUAUGGCUCUGCAGCAGCGAGCUGGGGAAGAGCGGGCACCUGCCCAUGCCCAGUCGUUCCUGGCACAGCAGCGGCUGGCCACCAACGCUCGCCGUGGACCCCUGGGACGCCUCACGUCCCUGAACACGCGUCCCACUGACAAACACUGAUGGAUCUCAGGAUCCUGCCAUCUGCCGAGCCAAUCAGGGCUUAAUCCACUCUGGAUUCCCCCAGCUUAUGGGGGGGAGCCCAGCAUUUUGCCUCAGCCAACUACCUGAGAACCUUGAGGUCAUGAUUUUCUGCCCUUUGCCCUCCCAGGUGGGACAAGAGGGCAGCAUGAGGCGAGAGGCAGGAAUGGGCCUAUUCUUUUUAGCAAUGUGAUUCUUAUUCUUGAUUUUCUCCCUGGGGUUAGUGAGCUGCCAGGGGAAAGAGUGAUUUUAUAUUUGAAGAAAAAUAAUAAAAGACUUAGAUCUGC